GUGUGAGAGUGCAACCCCGCCAUGUCGACAUCCGGCGCUCUGACAGGAUACUACGUUGACGCUCUUAUUUUACCGGAGAACGAGGAGACUCGCUAUUCCUCAGGCUCAGCGCUCAUCCCGCACUCCAGGCCUCAUGUUCUUCCCACAGACCACACAGAGCUUGGUCCCUGCACAUUCCCAGCAAAGCAACCUGUGUAUGGUGGCUCCGGUUGGGGCAUCCCAACUCAUUUUUCCAGUGGUGUGCCAGCAGUGUAUCAGCCGCAUACGCAGCCUCCUGUAGCUGGGGAUUACGUGCAGUCUUGGCUGUUGGAUUCUACUUGUGGUCUACCUCUCACUGAGCCACCGGCGGUCCAUCAUAAUUUUAAUUCCAAACCUGAUACACACAGAACAAAUUAUGAAGGCGCACAGGCCAGUUCACAUGCUGUGCAUCCUCCUGGGGACUUCGUUAACGGCGGAUGCUCUACCAAGCCAGAGACAGGGCGAACUGUAGACGGGGACGGUGAGAUUGAAGAGAAACCAGUCGCUGACCCAGACAACCCUGUGUCCAACUGGCUUCACGCGAGCUCUUCGCGUAAAAAACGCUGCCCUUAUACUAAGCAUCAGAUCCUCGAGCUGGAGAAAGAGUUUUUAUUUAACACUUACCUCACGCGCGACCGCAGGUACGAGGUCGCGCGUCUCCUGAACCUUACGGAGAGACAGGUCAAAAUUUGGUUCCAAAACCGCAGGAUGAAGAUGAAAAAAAUAAACAAGGACGUAACGAAGGACGAUCCAGAGUAAAGCACUUCGUGUAGGUGAGGAUGAGGAACGAUCCAUCCAUUUGGUUGUUGGACCAAGUUUUUACAUUAGGUCUUGUGUCAUUCCAUUCAAGCAAACCAUAAUUGUCGAUUGUCUUAUAGCAUGAUAGGGCCUAGUCGUGGGAUUAGGCUCAUUGUUUGUCAUAUGUUGUUCUGUCUUGUUUAAAUUUUCCUUAAUUUCCAACCUUCUUGCAGCUCUGUAUUUCACUUGGGCCCUGUUUUUUUAUUUUUUUUUAAGAAAGACUGAACACGGAGCAAUGUGUGCUAUUCCAUUUCGAUUGCAGCUUAAUGUGUAUUUCGGACAUCUUAUUAAUAGUUUUCUUAUAUGUUCUUUAGCAUGUUACUAAAUUUAAAGUGGGGGGAUUGGGUCCAUGUUUAUGUUAGGUUACAGCUAUAGGCUGUAUGAGGCUAUGGUCCUCACAUUUCUUUUGUAUGAUACAAAAUUAAUUAUAACAGCUGAUGACAAAUAAUUUGCAAACACAUGCCACUACCUACACUCGACCAUGUAUUACUUUUUUAAAAAUUGACCAAAAUCUUCACGCCAUAUCAGCCGAAACAAUGGCUUUGACUGAGGUUUGUGAACAGAAAAUGGUUAAAUUAGAUACUGAGCUGUAGAAAUAAGCACUGUAGACAACUAUACAAAUACCUCAUGGUCUGUUGACCGUCAUGAUUUUGUUUUGAUUACUUUGAAACUUUUCAGAUGUAAUUUGUGAUUUUAUUUAUUGAAUAAUAAAAGCAAAUCAUAUCUCCAAACAAGUCUCCAAGACAUUUUAAUGGAAAUUAAGUUGAAAGGUAUAUUACAGAUUACUUUGCAAACUUAUACGAAUUAUUUUUUUGUAUCUUCUGCUUCUCUAAAGGUCUUUUGGUUUAUGGUUAGUUAUUUUAAACCAAGAUUUUGGUUUGUCGAAUUUGAUGGAAGGGCUAUAUAUAAAUAAAAAUGAAUUAUUGAGAAAGAUUAUCCUACUUUUGAACAUUCGGACAGAUAGAUUUUCGACAUAAUUGUUAUCUUAUAACUAACUAAAAACUAAGGAGCCACAUAAAACUUGCCGUAAUCAGAGAUAAAUAUAAUGUUCUCUGUCUACAGAAAAACUAUUCCUCUCAGCUUUAAAGCUAAUAUACACGAACAUACUAAUUUUAUCUUAAUCAGCAUUUAGAUUUUUGCCCAUGUGCAUUUACUUUUGAGGAAUGCGUUCUAAAGCGAGUUUGAACUCGGGGAAAAGCAGUCUUAAGACCUGGCAGAUGAGGUUGUUAGCUGCAUGCACUACCAUAAAAGACAAUUACCGCUAUAACAGUUUAUGGGGUGCAAAGCGCUGCGAGGCGAGAGAACGCAACACAACAGAGUUGAUAUGAGGCUCGACACAUGAGGCCAGUAAUUUAUGCGUCAUGCGUUCAUGGAUCUAUGGAAUUAAAAAAGAACGGACCAGCGUAUUUGCCUCCAUGACGGUGUACUUUUGCUAUUGACUAGCCUAUAAGGCUGCCAUUCUAGAUGCGGUCUGUGUCAGACAGACCUCAAAACCAAAAACACAGAUAUUUUAUAAAACGUAAACGGUGCAGCGUAGUAGACGUUAGAUGAUGGUAGGCAUAGUUAUCACGAAUGAACGUUAACUUCAAAGGCCUCAUGUAGGAGCCAUGAAUCGUAGACUCGGCAACACUGUCUGGCAUUCCGCGUUCAAUGGCUUUAUGGCCGCCCAGACACAAUUAGACCGUUUCCAGAGGCCUAGUUCCCAUUUGGAGAGGUUUUCCCCCCUUAUUCCCCACCUGCCUUCAGCGAGACUCGACAGUGUGCACAAAAACAGCGGAAACAAUCUAGUUUUAUUGGCCUCUUUGAUUACAUUUCGCCCUACGGCACCCUAAAACCCCCUUUGUGCAGACCUAGAAGGUAUACACAGCAAAAUGGAAGCUUCUGUGCAGAUUCACCCGAAAUGAGUAUGUCAAUGUUGAAAAACAUUCCUUUUCAUUCUAGGACAUACUAUUUAGUCUAAAGAUGAGGCUUAAACUUUUAGGUUACAGCUAAAAUAAAACAAUCUAUCGAAACUGUGCAUCUGUUGUUAUACAGUUAAACCACUUGAUGUCAGCAAAACCUCACAAUCGAAGAUAUGCUUUUGCUUGUUUGUGUGCGUAAACAAUUGCAAGCUUAUGCAUUGCUCAGAUCUAUGCUCCCUGCUUCUUUUUAAAACUAUUUUCUUUAACUAAAUGUUUAGUUAUUAAAAUUAAAGCCAACUUUUCCUUAUACACUAUGUUUCUGCUUUUUGCAUCACCAAAUCAUUGUAAUGAAGAUGAAAAAAUCAUUUGUGAAUAAAAAUAAUUGUUAAUAUAUAGCUAAUAGUUUUAAUUUAUUUACGGUGAGUUUCAUUUUAAUUGAUAUUUAAUAUUGAAGUACUAAAAGUAAUUAGUCCUGUUUGUUGUAAUGCCCAUUGCUCUAUCGAAAACUACGUUUUCCAACAUUUUAACUUGGCGUGCAGUGAUACUCUGUUGUCCUUUGGUGUUGAUACUUUUGGCACAAAAACACUGUCUACUUUAGCACUCAUGUUGUUGUACUUAAUGUUUUCCCACUAAGUCUUAUAUAAUCCUUCACAUUUUACAUUUCUCUUAUUAAAUUCACACUUCUAACUAAGAUAUAAGUAAAGUAAAAAACAUUAUUAUUAAACGGCAAAUAUUACUUUUAUAUUUUGCUACUUAUGUUAGCAUUUCAUUUAUGUAAUUGUCUUUUUUACUUAAAAAUCCCGUAUACACACUUUUCUUUCAUGCACGAUAUCAAAUUUUAAUAUAUACUAGUCAACAUUUGAAGUGGAUCAAAAAAGUUUAUCAAAGUUGUCCUAAGACAAGAAUUGGUAUUAGGGAUUGGAUUUAUGUAAACUUUUUUGAAUGGUUUUGAUCCACUUCGAAUGUUGACUAGUGUAUCUGCUCAAUUUGAAUACAGUGAAAGUAAAAUGGCGACUUUGUCGUAUACCAAUAACCCUCAAAAAAGAAGUUUUCCUGUUUUGUUUAAAUUUGAGCUAAAUUGUGUUUUUAACACUCUGACUAUUAUUUUAUUAACUGUUUUAUGUGGUUGAAAAUUAUUAACUUUGAAUACUUAGACUUCACCGUGUUUAAAUUGGAUGCAGAUUUCUUGUGGUCCGGUGAGCUGUAACUAAAAAAGACACUUUCAUUUAUUUCAUAAGAUCUCGUGUGUAAUAAUAUCAUAGUUAUAAGUGAGUUAUAAGAAAGAUCUAUUUUUUUAUAAAAACAUUCUUUAUUUUUAGUUGCAUUGUUUAACAUUGUAUUCCCAGCGUAUUCCUAGCAGAAAGAGGUUUGUGAAAAAGCAAAAUUAAUAUUUACAAAUUUAAAAAUCACUUCUUUCGUUUCUUUAUUCAUAAGCCUAGAUGUUUAAAUAUGUUUUGAAAGUUUUAGUCAUAUAAUUUCUUUUAAAUGUAUCAAUGCUUCUACUUAGAUCGUAGGUUUUAUGAAAUGAUGAAAUUGAACAACUUCUACAAAGAAAGCACUUUAAUUACAAUUAUAGUGGAUAAAACGCAAAUGUAUAUUACAUUUUCAAGAAAAAAGUAAUGUAUAUUUCAAAUGUAUAUUACAUUGAAAAAAGUAUUUUUCUUUUGCUUUUUCAUUUUCAACACUUUAAUCUAAAAACUUUCAAAAGCAUAUCUCAAUUUAAAAUACUGUUUUUCACAUAGCUACUAAAUAAAAAAAGCAAUAACUAUUUUUUGCAUUGGCAUUCAUCUAGUUCAUUAAUAAUUUCAUGGAAUUAUGAUUAUAUAUUAUAACUCGGCUGUAAUGGGCAUGUAUUAAUCACCAGUAAAAUACGAUGCCUGAAGCAAGUGAUAAAGUAUUGAAUUUUUUUUUAAAUUGUGAUGUUGUUUUCCCAUGGACAAUGGGCAUUCUAAUCCUCUUUCUCUGUGUCAAUGCUACAGGAGCAAUUUUUUGAUCUGAAAUGGUUAAAAUAUUGGGGUAUUUAGCAAGGACUUGCAAUCCUCUCAACGAAAUUUGUUAAUCCUCUAAUCACAACGCCAAGCACGUCUUACUUACCAGUGUCGGUGGCUACAGUAUUGUGUGCUGUCACUGCAGACAUCACAUCAUGCAGCUGUUUAUGUAGCAUUUGUGAAGUCGUAAACAUUUUAAUGCCCUGGCUCUGUGGUAAUAAAUUGAUUACUCGGUGCGUCUUAAAUUAGCUGCUCUCCAAUGCGUAUAUUGUUACAUAAUUGAUUUCUCUUAUUGUGUCCGCUUGAAAGAUUUGUAACUUAUACUGCAAUGAAGAAUUACAUUAUAUUUUGCAGCUUUUAGGGACGAUGCUUUUAGGCAUCCAAACCAUGUUGUAAUGAUUUACAAACAUUUAACAAUCGAAUUGUAUAGGCGUGUCGAUUUUUUAGCGUCGAGAACUGCAUAUAUUUCAGUUUAUGAAUUCAUGAAAGCAGUUGUUUUGGAAAAGAUAUGAAAAGAUAUGCAAGCAAUAAUGGGUUAUACUCUCACACCAUUAUCUAUAUUAAUCAUUAUUACGUGAAUAAUAUUUUUAAACAUAGUAAGACAACAUAAUUACGGCAGGUACACCAGCAUCUGCAAGAAUGUAAGUGAACCAUAUACAUAUUAAGAUAGGCGCCAUUUUACAGGAGUAGCUUAAUGGAAAAUAAUGACAGGCUUUUACGCAUUACAUUUUA